CUGCUGGCGCAGCCUCUCUGAUUCCCUCUGCCUGUUCGCGUCCGGCACUGAGCAUUUGCAGACGAGGGCAUCUCCUAACCAGGUCACAUCUCAGCCGCGACCCCUCCGCUGGCCACCCGGGCGGGAGCGCAGGAGGAGGCCGGGCGGGGCCGCGGCAGCGCUCUCUGAGCCAGCAGCGGGGCGGCGCGGAGGACGUUGAAUCCCGCAGAAGUCAAGACCUCUAGGUCCCACCCUGACCACGAUGCGCGCCCCGGCCUCCGGGCUCCUGGCGCUGCCCCUGCUGCUCCUGGCCGCUGCCGCCCUGGCCGAAGGCGACGCCAAAGUGCUCAAGGAGGGCGAGACCCCCGGCAAUUUCAUGGAGGACGAGCAAUGGCUGUCGUCCAUCUCGCAGUACAGCGGCAAGAUCAAGCACUGGAACCGCUUCCGAGACGAGGUGGAGGAUGAUUACAUCAAGAGCUGGGAGGACAAUCAGCAAGGAGAUGAAGCCCUGGACACCACCAAGGACCCCUGCCAGAAGGUGAAGUGCAGUCACCACAAGGUGUGCAUCGCCCAGGGCUACCAGCGGGCCAUGUGCAUCAGCCGAAAGAAGCUGGAGCACAGGAUCAAGCAGCCCACCCUGAAACUCCAUGGGAACAAGGACUCCAUCUGCAAACCCUGUCACAUGGCCCAGCUGGCCUCGGUCUGCGGCACUGAUGGCCACACCUACAGCUCAGUGUGUAAGCUGGAGCAGCAGGCCUGCCUCAGCAGCAAGCAGCUGACGGUGAGAUGCCAGGGUCCCUGCCCCUGCCCCACGGAGCAGGCUGCCGCCUCCACCACCAACGGCAAGUCAGACACCUGCACAGGCCAGGACCUGGCCGACCUGGGGGAUCGGCUUCGGGACUGGUUCCAGCUUCUCCAUGAAAACUCCAAGCAGAAUGGCUCGGCCAGCAGUGCAGCCAGCCCGACCGGAGGGCUGGACAAGAGCUUGGGGGCCAGCUGCAAGGACGCCAUCGGCUGGAUGUUCUCCAAGCUGGACACGAGUGCCGACCUCUUCCUAGACCAGGGUGAGCUGGCUGCCAUCAACCUGGACAAGUAUGAGGUCUGCAUCCGUCCCUUCUUCAACUCCUGCGACACCUACAAGGACGGCCGAGUCUCCACCGCUGAGUGGUGCUUCUGCUUCUGGAGGGAAAAGCCCCCCUGCCUGGCUGAGCUGGAGCGCAUCCAGAUCCAGGAGGCUGUCAAGAAGAAGCCAGGCAUCUUCAUCCCGAGCUGUGAUGAGGACGGCUACUACCGAAAGAUGCAAUGUGACCAGAGCAGCGGCGACUGCUGGUGUGUGGACCAGCUUGGCCUGGAGCUGACCGGCACCCGCACGCACGGGAGCCCCGACUGUGAGGACAUCGUGGGUUUCUCGGGGGACUUUGGGAGUGGUGUCGGCUGGGAGGACGAGGAGGAGAAGGAGAUGGAAGAAGCAGCCGACGAGGCCGAGGAGGAAGAGGGUGAGGCAGGCGAGGCCGAUGACGGAGGCUACAUCUGGUAGAUGGUCCUGGGGCUGUGGCAGGCCAGGGCGCCAGCGGGCAGCAGAAACCUGGACAGCAGCGGGCAGCUUAGCGAGUGGAUCUGAAAGUUAGCUGGAAGGACCCUGGCUCCGGUGGGAGGGUCAGAAGUGUGAGUGCACAGCUUGGGUGUGGCGCGUGUGGCUGGGAUGUGUGUGUGUGUGUGGGGGGGGUGUGUGUGUGAUUGGCAUGUGCUGACAAACGUGUCCUCGGUCCACACGGAUCCUGGCAGAGUGAGUCACCCAAAGGACUGUUGAUCUUCCUUGUCUUUGUUUUCUUUCCAUUUGUUGAUUUUAAUAUGCACAUAGUCUCACACUGACAGGUCAAAACCAGUGGAAUAAGAUGCUCCUAGUCCUGCCCUGCCUGCCCCGCCCACCCACCCCAAUCUCCUGGGGUCCCCACCAGCCCUGCCUCCUCCCAGCCCUGCCUGCCCUUCUGGGAUCCCAGGGGAGGGAGGGCAGGAAGCUCUUCUCUGGAGAGCGUCCCCGAGUUGCAUCAAUUUGGUGUGAAACUCCCACCAGCCACAGUAAGCCCUGUCCCUCUACUGGCCCCCCUCCCCCUGGCCCCAAGCACUAGAGAAAGUCCCCAAAACCCAGCUGGAUUGACCAGAGGUGGCUGGGAAGGAGCUAGGGGCAGAGACAAUGAGGCAGGAGGAAGCUGGCCAAGUCCUUCCCACUGGAGGGGUGGAACAGGUGGGGAGCAAGGCGAGCUCAGAGAGGUUAGAUUCCAGGCAGAGCCUUAGGAGUGGCUACGGGGCAGCCUUGAACCCUAGACCCUGGCAGAGCCAGACUGGCUCCUCCCUGUGUGUCUCCUGUGGGCCAUGGUGCAGGUGACUGACUAUCUUGGAGCCUGGGGCUGGCGUUACACGGUGGAUCCCCAUGAAGCAGCCCAGUGUGAGGAGUGCUGCUCCUGCCUCUGUUUCCCUUGCUGGUGUCCUCCUUGUCCUCUCCAGGGAGCUUGAGGACUGGGAGCAGCAGGUGUGUGGCCACAGCCACCCUGACCGCUAACUACUGUUCUCCUGCCCAGACCAAUAGAUACGUGUCCCUGGGACCCUUUGAAGGAGAUGCAGUUGGGAGGUGCCACCUCCCUGUUCUCAGGGACUGUGAUCCUCCCCACCUCGGCACCUUGCCACCUCCAGGAGAAACUCCAUGGCCAUCCCAGCCCCGCUCCUCUGGCUGCCAGGGAUCCCACUGUCCCUGAGGGUCCCUCAGGGCUACCCAAGUUCUAUUGUGAAGCCUUGGAAUGUGGGAACAUCAGUGAGAAGGCAGCCCCAUGGUCACACCGAACUGUCCCCGCAAACCUCCUGAUUGGGCGGGAGGUCAUCCUACCCACAUGAGGAGAUGCCUUGUGGUUUUCCAUUUGUGCGUUCGGUGUUGUUUUUCCCAAUUUGUCAAGUUCUCCCUGUCAAAGCAAAUUCCUUAAUACUUUUGGUGAACCAUUUCUUACCUGGAUGUGGGCCUCUGGAGAGUGCAGUGUGUGUGUGUGAGUUUGAAUGGGUGUGCAUGGGUGUGCAUGGGUAUGCAUGUGUGCGUGUGGACCUGGGGCCAUCAUGGUGGCCUCAGAGAGCUGGGAGGAUGGAUGGCUGCAUGGGGUCCGUGUGCCUGGCUCUCCCAGCAUCCACUGAGGCUGAACGCUGUUGGAUGUCACGGAAGAGCCUCACCCAAUCUCCCUUUCCUUUACCCUGGAAUCUGUAUCUCUGGAGCCCUCACUGGGGGAAAUAACGAUAUUCCACUUAGCCCCAUAAAGCGCUUCUCAUCCCGCAGCACAGUUCUGAUUGUUGAGGUGUCGCGCUAUUCCAGACCCUGGCCCUGUCCUCCUCCCCUCCCCUCCCCUUCCUGGUCCCCCGGGCCCCUUCCUCUGGUCCCCUGGUCAGUCACAUCUGCCCUCUGCUCUCCAGAAGCAGCCACUCCUCUGGCUCAGAGCUACUUGAAACUUCCUGCUCUCGCUGAGAUGGGAGUCUGUCUCUUUCUCUGCCCCAGUGGGACUUCCAGAACUGUCCUUAGGGUGGCUGCGAAGGAUGCUGGGCUCCCUGGGGUGGUGAGGGGGCACAGAGGAAGGGCCAUCCUUCCUCCUCUCACUGUCACCCUCCUUUCCUGGGGGGCUGUGCUCUCUGUGUCUCUGGGUCUUCCGGUUGUGCACGUUUAUCCGAUCUUAUAAAUAUGUUUUAGGAGGAAAGCAAAAGGCUUUGAACUAGCCCCUAGUGGGUCUGCAGGGGUCCAGGCCUGCCCUGUCUCUGAAGCUCCCAUUGCUUUGCACCCACUGAGACAGCCUCCCAAAGGUAGAUGAAAUCAGCUGUUCCCAACAAGGCUGAAGGCCUCAAGUGACUUCUUGCUAGACAGGUUUAAGUUUCCCACAUCAAGACUGCAAGUUGGCCCCCCAGCCCUAUGGAUUUAUGCCCUUGACCCAGCUGCUGUCCCAGCCCCUGCCAGCUGCUCUGCACGAUGUCCUUGCCCCUUCCUGCCCUCGCUUCCUGGGCUUAGGCAGGCAGGGGCUGUAGAGCUGCAUUGAAAAGAGUUCAACCAAAUUUUAAGAGAACCAUGACUCGCCUGGCCAAAGGCCUCAUUGGUGCAUGGAUGCUGAAAAAGAUGGGGUAGGUUGGGAUUGGAGAAACUGUGCCUUGAGAGACCACUCAGAGUCUGAAGGUGACUGGAAAAGGGGCAUGGCCCGCCGGGGAGCUCAGGAAGCAAGCCAAGCUCAUGAGAGGGAGAUGGGACAUCUCGAUGGGCCCCUAGUGUCCCACUGGGGUUGUGACCACACAAGGUGGUGGCCCUGCUUCCUUCUCACUCCAGCCUGCCUGAUUUACUGGGGAGGCCACCCAUUUACCCUUUCAAGAGCUCUGUCUGCUUCCAAGUUCACCUCAGAGUGGGUGGAGUCCAUUGGUACCAACACUGGAACUCUCCAUUUCACCAAAGCCUGAGCCCUCAGGCCCUUGGGGAGGACGAGUGGCCAGUCAUUGACACCCCAGGGUCACCAUGGGGCUGCAGCUGGCAGAGUGGUCCCAGGGAAGAGACACUGGGGGAGCAAAAGGAGACUGGAGACAUCCCAAGGAAGUCCCAAGCAGAGCCAACUGCUUUAUAGCCUGCAGCCUACUCAAACUGUGUGAUGUGCAAUAACUGAGCUUAGAGUUAAGAAUUGUGUUCAAGUGCUUGGGUUUCUGUCUGUAGAUUUAAGUGCUGAAAUCGUAUCUCUCAGUAAUUUUAGAUGUCUUUUUAAAAAAUCGAGAAACAAAGUGUUAGACCUACGUGUGCGUUGAUGGGCACUCAAGCGUCCCUGGAUCACCCCACCCUCUCCUUCCCCUGCACCCCAUUCCCUCACACCCCACCUCCCCUCCCCCCCUCCACUUGGGGACCCUGCCUUGUGUUAUCUUUAUCUGCCUAUUAGCCUAAGGAAACAAGUACACUCCACACAUGCAUAAAGGAAAUCAAAUGUUAUUUUUAAGAAAAUGGAAAAUAAAACUUUAUAAACCACC